AGUGAUCAUUGAAGUAUUGGGGAAUUGCCAGAUGGUUUUGAAAGUGCAAGAUGUACAGAUUAAGAAAAGUUUUGCAUCCAGAGAGGAGUCUCUGAUGGAAAUGGACAGUCUAAGGGAAAUACUAGAACAGCAUCCUCUUCAUUUUUCUUUCCAUGAGGGGAAAGUUCUGAAGCUCUGUCCUGUGAGGAGUGAACAGACCUGGGCACUGAACAUCAAGCGAGGUAUUCUCAGUAUCCUGCAGACAGCACCAGAACUCCCUGCUGCUGCUGUUGAGGAGGUGGAUGUCCUGGGAGUAUGCCCAACCAGGUAUCAGCGAAAGGGUCCCAUUCUUGUAAAGACAAGGGACUUAAACCUCUGCUCCCAUCGCUCCUCUGGUUUGACUUCUGUGCAGUCUGUUGUUCUUCCUCAUGUGCCAUCUGAACAGCAGAUUCUGUCCUCCCAGCUGGAAUGUGUCCAGAGCAUUAGGGAUGGGGUCCUGGAGGAGGCCAAAUGUACCGAGUCCGACCGCGUGGCGCUGUUCCCUCAGCAGGGCAGUGGGGCAGAGACACGGACACGGUCUGCACUCAAACUCGUGCAAGUGGAAACAGAGACACUCUACAAUACAGGGGACUCUGAGGACCUGUAUGUGACCAGCAUUCUCUAUGAAAGGGAGGUGACUAAGAGGGAGGUCACUGGUGCAGAAGUGACUGAGCUGGUGUGGAAGCUUUGCUUAGCACACAGUGCUAGUUAUGAGACUGCAGACCUUUUCAUGACUCUGGUGUUUGAGCUUCGACACCUUUCUCUUGAGGCCUUAAGAGCACUAUGGCAAAGAUCAUCAUUUAAGUGCAGAGACAAUUGGCAACCAUUAAUAGAUGCUCUCCCAUCUUGUGCCACAGAGGCAUGUGUUGUCCUAAUGAAAGACCUCAUAGCUUCUGAAGAAGUUGAGGAAGACAAAGUAGAAUAUUUCUUCUGGUCAUUAGCAUUCAUUCCUAAUCCCACCUCGGGCAUGAUUGAAUCUCUUGCUCCUUUGCUGAAGUCACCUAGAGCAAGCCAGAGCUGCUUUUUGGGAGUAACUGCUCUUGUACAUAGGUUUUGCUCAGCUCACAGCUCCUGUGGUGUUGUACCUGCUGUGCAGAAUGUGAUGAGGACUCUUGGGAAAUUUUUGGGAGGAAAUUGUACCGUGCAAAAUUCAGAACAUCUCAGCAAGAUGCAGCUGGUGUUGAAAGCCAUUGGAAAUGCAGGACUGGCAGCGGCGUCGCUGGCUCCUGCUUUGAGCUCGUGUGCUGCCCUGAAGAGCCAUCCCAUGGAAAUCCGCCUCGCUGCUGUCCAGGCCUUCCGACGCGUUCCCUGCUCAGCCAGGAAUGCUAUAUUAGUUCAGCUGUAUCAAGCAACCGACGAAGAUGUGGAAAUAAGAAUUGCUGCUUAUUAUAUAGCAAUGAAAUGUCCACAUGAAGAGUUAUUUAAACAAGUACAGAAAACUUUGCUGAAAGAGACAUCCAGCCAAGUGGGCUCCUUUGUUUGGAGUCAUCUCUCUCAGCUCUUGGAGACAGAUGACCCAUUGAAGGAGCACCUUCGAGAUUCUAUUCCUGAUGAAAUCCUUAGCAAAGAUUUUGACUGGGAGACAUGGAAAUAUUCCUCAUACUCUGAUGUCACGUUUCACUCAGCUGGUGCCGGCGCAAACAUGGAAGCAUCAGUGGUCUUUUCUCCUGUAUCUUUUCUACCACGAUCAAUCAUGACAAAUUUGACUGUUCACUUCAUGGGACAGGCUAUAAAUCUCCUGGAGGUUGGUGUACGAGCGGAGAAUGCUGAAACUCUCAUAGAAAAGGGUUUUGGGCCGAAAUCUUCUACUUUCAGUGACUAUUUUUUUGGAAACACUGAUGAAGCAAGCCACAAGUCAGAAACUCCAGUAGAAACAGCAGAGAAAGUCAAGCAGAGGAACCCGACUUUGAAGCGAUAUAGCCCCACUGAUCAUCUUGUGAACAAGUCUGGCAAGCCAAAGCUGAGAAAAACAAACCAAAAUUGUCCUGGGAGAAAAUACAGUAAGAUGAAUGAGUUAGUCAAAAAGUUCACUGAGAGAACAGUAAAAAAGGAGGCGUUGAAAUGUGAGCUAAGCAUGAAAAUCUUUGGAAAUGAACUUAGCUUCUUAGAUUGUGAAGAUUUAAGAAAACAAAUGAAACAUUAUUCCUUAAAUCUGGCUGAGUUGGCUGUCAAACUUCUGAAGGGGCAGGAGGUCCAGUUCAAUAAAAGGAUGAGCUUGGCCACUGAAGAGCUACAGUUUCCAGCAAUUUCAGGCUUUCCUGUUCAACUGGCAGUCAAUGCCUCAGCAGCAAUCAACAUAAAAAUCAAAGGAAGUGCUGAUUUCAAACAACAGUCCAAUUUCUUUCUAAAUGGAUAUAUCAAGCCAAGUGCAUUUGUUCAGCUUUCUGUCCAAAUGGGAAUUGUGGGGACUCUGGGACAAGCUGGCCUAAAGUGGUUAACAGGAAUGAGGACAUCUACUAGUCUUGAUGGGGGGAUCCAGGUGAAGAAAGGGAAAGAGCUCAAAGUUUUCUUGAACACUCCAGAAGAAUUUAUGGAGAUAAUUAAUUUCAGCUCUAAAGUCUACGUCAGAAUGGUGGAUGAGACAGAAGAUAUAGAUGUUUUCCAAGUCCACACAGAAACCAGAUCUUGCACUAGGGAGGAAGUAUCUGAGAUUAUUGGCUGGCAGCUGUGUUCUGAAAUGUCCUAUCCUGACCCAGCCAGUGGUUUGGUUUUCCCCCUCACUGGACCUUUGAGAGUGGCUGUGACAUUAACUAAGCAAGACAGAGGCCUGCAGCAGUACGUGGUGGAAGCUGCCUAUAACUACAUAGCUCAGGAGAAUUCAUGGAUCCCUAGUGAAGCUGUCUUUCACUUCUUCCUUGGGACUCCAAAGUCAGACUUGAAAAGAGAUGUUGGUGUUGACUUGAGUUUUAGUGUCCCACAGAAGAAAUUCAGAAUCCAAUUUAUACAACCUAAGAAAAAAAUUGAGAUUGAUGGGAGGAUUGAGUUUUCUAAAAGUUCCCGAGUUGGAUACCUGGAGCUGAUAGUGGAUGACCGAGAUGUGUAUUACAUUAAGGGAAUGGCAGAUUUGCAAAUGCUGAGUGGAGAGCAGAGAUACAUGACCCAGCUGGAGGUAAAGCUGAUAAAGCAAAGCAGUCCUAUCAUUUUGUCAGGAAACAUCACUAAACAGCUUGGCAAGAAGAUAGCUUUUUCAGUAUCUCUGAAUAAUUUGUUGAAGGAAGCUGCAUUUCUUUCAGCACUUCUGGAGCAAAAGGUUGAUGAUAAGCUGAGACAAUACUCGUUGGAAGGGGAGGCUCACCUUCCAGGUGUUCUUGGAGUUCACGCUGUCGCUCUUCUCCAGCAGCACGAGGGAUUGUGGUCUCAUGGUCUGCAGAUAAAAUAUGGACUCCUAGAAGAUGCAAAAAACCCUUGCCAUGAGUGCAGCACGCAGCAGAAAGUUCAAGUGGAGACGGGUGCACGGGGCUUCUACAGACUGGAGCUGGGCCAUGAGUUUCACUGUGUGCAGGCUCCCACCUACAGCCACCAGGUUCACCUGGAACAUGAAGUGACUGCAUCUUGGAUUUCCUCCCAGAUGGAGGUGAACUAUGGGAAACAUUGGGAUGAAAUAAACAACAAGAAGAAAGUGCUGAUCAGCCAAGCCUUUAAGAACAGUUCCAGUUCAUCUGUAGUCAGCUAUUUCUUGGAGUUUACCAUGCAAGUCCUGGAAAAACAGAUGAAUUAUAGAACCCAGCUGCAGCACUUGCACACCUCUCAGGUGUAUUUGCAGAGCAGCACCAAUUUUGAGGUGCAGUAUAAUGACCGUGUACCAUUUGUGGCUGGGCUGCGGUGGAAGGAUGCAUCCAGAAAUGGCCUGAAGAAGUGGGAAGGUGGGUUCAAUAUAGACACCCCAUGGCUCUACCUGUACACAGCUCACAAACUGCACCAGCCUCAGCAUUCUGCUUAUUUACUGACAUCGCAGCUGACAGCUGGAAAAGCUCUCUCCAUUAAAGACCUUGUACUGGAGCUAUUCUGUAAAGAUCAAGGCAAUGAGAAGGAGGGAAAAGUUCACAUUUACACACCAGCUACCACAUACCUGCAGGCAUCCACAGUUAAUCAUCUUGGGAGGAAUGUUCUGCAUAGCUAUAGUGAAAUGAUCUCUCUGUGGAAUCAGCUCGUGAAGAAUGAGAUUCAUUUGGAGAAUAAUGAACGAGCCAAACUUCUCUGCUUUAAGAUAAAGAGUACAAAACAGGAAUUUAACUUCACAGCCAGCUAUCAGAAUCUGCCAACGCCUAAGAAGACAAACUUUUCUGUGAAGAUUGUUUGGAGAGAUUAUAAAAGUCUGCCUGUUAUACUGCAGUGUGAAGGUCAGAUAAAAGAGCUGAGGAAGGAGAAGAUGCUCUAUCAAAAACGUGCAACCCUGCAUUUCAGGCAUCCUUUUAAAGUGCCUUUUCUGCAAAGCUUCCUUCUGCAGGAGACAUUUACUGUUGACAAAAAGCAAAAGCACUAUUUCAUGGAAACAAAAGUUUUGAUAAAUGGAGUGGAGGAAACAGUUCAGACUCUCAUACUUGGUUAUCAACCUGAAAACCCCUAUAUUUGUGCUGGCUUAACUCAUCCUUAUAACAUUAGGAUAUUUCCCAAAGAUGUUGAAAUGUGCAUUUUAACUCUAAGUCAUCAAAAUGUGAAGCACGAGCUUGAGACUGUCCUAAAGGUGAAUAAGGAAGAUGUUCUCAGUUUUCUAGGGAGGUAUCAGGACAAAUCCGGUGAGGCAGAUUUUAGACACCUUUUACACGUGGAUGUGACACACUCGUUCCAGCUUGAGUUUCCACAAGCAGUGGCCCUAAGCGGGGAGCUGUUCUCCAGGCAGACUGAACUGGAACACUUAGACUGUGGUGUGAGUGUAAAAGCCAUCAUCAACAAGAACAUCUCUUCACAGGCCCAGGCAGCCCUGAAGAGUUAUGGUGAAAACAAUGUCAAUGGCUCCCUUCACCUUCAUUCCAAUGGAAGGGAAGUGCUGAUGCUGGAGGUCGAUGUGAACAAUGAAAAGAGGAGGAAUGCCAGAAUUGUUGAACUGAGGGCUUUUCUCCAUCAGACAGUCCUGACAAAUCCAGAAUCAGUACAGUUCCAGCUCAUGGGCAAAAUAUUUCCAUCAAGACUUCUGUUGUCUUCCAGCUUGAAGCUUAAUGAAAAUAGGCUUCACAUGGAUUUCAUGGGAGCCAGGGAGCAGAAAGCUGGUUUUGUUUUGUCCCUAAAUGGAAGAGUCCAACACACUUUUACUGGAUUAAAGGCUAUACCUCAUCUCCUUUCUCUGGAUGGAUUUCUGAAGUGCAAAAACAACAUUCAUGAUGGUAACAUCAAUGUGAUGGUCAACAAAAGACUGUAUGGACUGCAUGUCAGGAACAGGAAUGUGUUUGGGAAUACCACUGUCCACAAUAUCACUGUUGCCAUGGUUCAGAAUGGCAGUCAGGGAAUCCCAGGGGAGGCAAGACUGAAAGGACACCUGGAACUGAGUAAAGAGAAGAAAAGGGGGCUAGCUAGCUUCCAGGUGGAUGAGAAGGCUCUUUCUGUAGAUUUUUUCAAUAUCAUGGAUCGUGGGCAUGGCACAGUCAGUGGGACUUUCACACAUAAUGUCAACUUUUUAACAGAUGCAGGGUUGCCUUUGGAUGGCAGUCUUACUGCCACAUGUGAACGUGACACAGGAAAUCACACCAUUGCCAUAGCCCUGCAGAGUGGCAGUGAAAGGAUGGUUGCUGUGUUUGAGGGGCACAGAGUGACCACAGAACCUCCCACAUCCCAGGUAUCUGUGAGCUUAAAGCACAACAUCUCAAAGAUAAAGAAACAUGGGAUCCCUUUUGUUUUAGAAGCUGCUGGCUAUUAUGAGAAUUUCUCCAGAAAGAUUGCUGCGGGGAUAACAAUCACAGUGGAGACAGAGCAGCUCAAGAUUGAAAUGGAGAAGAAAACUACUGACACUGCUAUGAAAAUUUCUCUUUCACUUCACCAUGAUGUGGGAGGACUGAUGGACAUUGUUCCACAUGUACUAGAGGUUGCUUGCGGUGGAGAAUCUGCUAACAAACAACUUUCUGGCCUUUGCAAUGGUGCAAUUGCAUUUCAUCAUUUUGAGACUCCAGCAAGAAUUUCACUGAAUGGGUCAAUAUUUACCAGCAACUUUACUGUCAUCCUCUUUGGACAUGUUUCUUUUCAUGAUGUAUUUGCCUGCCUACAACUCUAUGCCACCUGUAACACUCAUCCUCAUUUAGAAAUUGACUUCCAGCAUUCUUUGCCUUCACUUCAUUCUCUGGGAAUUGCCAGAGAGAACCAGCUGAAGGUGUCAGCCAUGAGAAGUGACAAGUACAAGGGCAUCCUUGGUGUUGUCCUUGGGCCUUGCACUUUGGAAGCUGAUGGGGAAGUGAGCCUGGCAAGCAAUGAGACACGAUGGGUACUUACUUUUAGAAACAAGUGCGUCAGUUUAGAGGAUCUCAGUUUCCCAACUCAGUCACGGCUCACAGGAUCCUUUCAGAAAGACAAGUGCCAGGCAGAGCUGCUCUCUGUCCUGGAAACAGAAGGCAAAACUGCCCGUCUUGAAGUGAGAGCAGAGUGCAAGCCAAAGAUGGCUCUGGAAAUUCGAUUCAGGCAUGACCUCCCCCAGCUGAAGGAAAUCCCAAGGGAAAAUGAGCUGUCCAUCACUGCACGGAAACACUUAAAAUAUCUUCUUGGAGUUGGAAUGAAACUGGGUGCCUGUGAGCUUCAAAUGAAUGGGGACUUUGACCCUGAAAAGAACCUGCAGUGGAAAAUGCUUAUAGAAAACAAAUGCCAAACAAUUCAGGAUAUUGGAGCACCAAUGAAAAUUGAUGGCUCAGGCCAUCUUUUGAUGGAUAAAAUGAACCUAGAUUCACAGACACUGAUCACUGUUGAUGAAAGUAAAUUCCGAGGACUCUUUAUACUAAAAGUCACUGAUGAAAGGCAAGAGCUGGAUGCAGUGCUAACCCAUAACAUCCAAGGAGCUGCUGACUUUGGCAUUCCCAUGAGGAUGUUACUUGAUGUGAUAUCAGAAAAAAACAGUGACUUCUAUAAAGGAUUUAUUCAUUUCUGUGUGAACAACAAGCAAAUUACAGAAGAACUGAACUUUGUCCAGAAGUUGGAUGUUGUGUCUCUUAAUUACAAACUUACUCAUAACAUAGACACAUUGAAGACUUUGCAAAUAAAAGACAAGAUUGAGUUGCAGAUAGAUGUGGUCUUUCAAGGGAGAAACACUACUCAAGAGAGAUAUGUGCACAUUGCAGCUGGAGAAACAUCUAUCACGUACAUAAUAAACUCCUAUUAUGUUGGCCACCAAGUGGAUCUCUUCUGCCAGAGUGUGCACAGCAGUGAGGUACUCCAGGCAUCAGGCUACCCUAAGGCAAUCAACUUGAUUUUCAGUUUACAGAAAUCAGAAAACAAAGCCAAGACUGUCUGUGAAAUCCAGUAUGAUGAGAAAGAUAUAACUGUGACUGUGGAUGUUGACACAGACUUUGAACUCUUUGGUAUAUUUGUGUUCAUGGCAGAGAUGACAAUUCAAGAAGUCAUGACUGAAAAUGAAACUGAAGGUGCUUUGAGGCUGACCUAUGAACAAAACAAAAACUUCUCCUUUUCCAUCAGUAGGAAAAAAGACCAACAAGGUGAAGAAUUGAAUAUAAAAGCACUCCAGACUCAUCCCUUCUUUCUACAGUACUUCCCCUGUGCAGCACAACUGUCUUCUAAGGUAAAUUAUGAUAUGAGUGAAGCAAAAGGCAAGCUCUACCUCAGGAUGGAAAAAAGGGAUUUCAACGUUUCAGCAAAGCUAACUUUGACUGGAAGCAGCUACACUAAUGCCAUUGAAGUGGCACAGACCAUGGCCCAGUUAAAAAUUCUUCCAAGGCAACUUGUGUUUAUGACAAUUUACCAAAAAGGCAACAGAACUCAUCUGCUGAGGCACAUUGCCCUGUGGGAUGGCAAAGAGAUAAAGCUAACAGGCACUUACACUGGACCCUUCCCAAAGCUGCCUGGAGGCCAUGGCAUUCAGGUGGAACUGCUCCAUCCUCUCUCCAUCCCUUUUCCACGGCAUGCCUGGGCCAACUUGUAUGUGAAACAUUCAGCACGAAGUCACCAGGAUGUUCUUACUGUCAUUUGGAAUGAGAAGGACAAGAUAUCAGUGUCAUCUUCCCUGAAGAUUGGCAGACACCGGACAAGCUACAGAGCGACUCUUGCCCACCCAUUUAAUUACACUCUGAAGCAACUGGAGGUGCAUUCCCUGGCAGAAAGAAGGGGCAGGAAGUACAACCAGCAGCUGCAGGUCUCAGGGAAUGCUGGGCAGCCUGCUCACCUCCAGCUGGGGCUGGAGGAUAAAUCCAAGACGGACAUCAGUGCCUGGGGUGGCUGUGUGACACUCUCUGCAGGCCAGCUUAAGAGAAUAUUAAGCAUGGAACACCUGCAUGCGUGUGGGUCUCUAGAGCAAAGACCAACACUGUUUAAUGAAUACCUAGAUCUGAACUGGGAUGACAAAAAAUUCAAACACAAUUUCACGUAUGAGAGAAAUCAACUCUUGUAUCCUGAUAAGUUUCAAUUAGAAGCUGUUCUGGAAAAUAUUUUCCUGAUCCCAUGUGCCAAACAGAAGAUUCUGGGUAAAAUAGAAACAAACUACUACUCUUGCCUGGAUUACUAUACAAGCUUUGAGUUCUGUGACCUUCCAAAUGUUAUUGUUUUAUCUGGAAAGCACCAGCUCAACAAAGAUGACAUCAUUUUGCAGUCAGAGGGCAGAUUCCACAUUGCUGAUCAUGGGAGAGAUGCUGGAUUGAUUGGAAUAUCCAUAAAGAAUCAGAGCACUGCAGAUGUGAAGAACUAUUCUCUGGAAAUUGAAUUAAGAGCCUUUGAAGAUAUUUGGCUAGGCCUGACAGGAACUGCUGCUUCCUCAUCUGUCCAGAGCCAAAUCCUGGUGGAGGGGAUUAUUGAUCAGAAAGAAAAAGUAAAAGUAGCUGCUUCAAAAGGAAAGGAGUGUUUUCAGUACUACAUGGGGUAUCUGCAAGGGCAUUUGGAAGAAGGAAUGGAAGUCAGUGCUUGUUCUGAUGGGAAACGGAUGGCUGCCAUUAACACCUAUCUCAGCAUCAAUGGUAAAAGGCAGGAAAACGUGGGACAAGUAACUCUAGCAGCUGCUAAUGGAAGCUUGAGUUUUCUGGCCCAUGGAUGUGGGGAUCCAGUUCUUAAGGCUGAGAACAAGCUUAAUGAAAUUGGGAGCCUUUUGAAAGCCACACUGACUGAGAAGAUAAAAAAGUUUGAUGGAUACCUGUGGAGAUUCAGGAGAUCAGUGCAGCAUGUUGGUUUCCUGUCUGAAGCAGCUGGCUGGCCUUCAAUGGCCUUGCAAAGGGCAGCAGAAUUCCUGCACAGUGGGGCUACAGCUAUCACCCAGGUGUGGAAGCAAAGUGGAAUUGGACACAUUCUGAGAAGCAGGAUCCCACUUUACCUGGAGAAAAUUCAAGAUGUUGUCCAGCAAAUGCAGAAUGAAUUACAAAAGCCAUUAGCAACUUUGAAAGAUGCCUACUACGAUGUAACCUUGAAGCCACUGGAUGAAGUCUGGAAAGAGAAGACAGAAGAGCACAUGAUGAAAAUCCUGGCUUUCUUACCCAAGAUUGUAAAAGAUGUGUGGCUAAUGAAACCAAUUCAGAUGGCAUUAAAGGUUGCAAAAGCAGGCUUGGAUAUGGCCACCCAGCAGGUGCUCAGGUGGGCAGAGGCCACGUUUUCCAGAGCUGUGAGCAAGAUCCGGAAGCCCUUGCUGAACCUGUACAGUUUUUCACCCAGGAACUGUUCAGUGGCAGGAAAGCUGCCAGUACUACCUACAGCAGACCUGUCCCUGCAGCUGGCAAAUGUUACCACUUACCUCAUUGGAGAAAAACUGAUGAGGCCUCUGCAGGACCUCUACAAUCUCAACAUACUUGCAGAGUACUACAGAAUCAAACGGAGGAUGAUGGAGAGCCCCUUUGAAUAUCAUGCUAUGUUAGUGGGGACCAAACAUCUUGUGACUUUUGAUGGAAGAAUGUAUGAUUUGGCAUCAAAGUGCAGUGUACUUCUUGCCAAGGAUUUUGUUCACAGUGCUUUCACUGUAAUACUAAAUGAGGAAACUAGGAACUCAAGAUCACUGUAUGUGGAGAUGAAUCAGACUGUGAUCACUAUCUACCCACGACUGAAGAUAUCCAAGAUGUAUAACUUCUCCUUUUCGGAAGAGAACUGCCAAGUGCUGGAUCAAUCCCUUGAAAACAGUACCAUGAAUUCAAGGCAAGGAACCAACAAAAUAGAAGUAUCUGAUCAGAAAGGAGUUUCUGUCACUUGUGACUUUCAGUAUGAUCUCUGUACUGUCACUCUGGCUGGGUGGCACCAUGGUGUUUCAGCUGGGCUUUUUGGUACCAAUGAUAAUGAAGCUGGAAACGAAUGGAUGGUGCCUAAUGGUUCCUUCACUGACAACGUGAAAGAGUUCACACAGAGCUGGCAGGUGAAUAAGUGCAGUCUGGUACAGAAGAAAGAGAAGCCAUGUCCAAUUACAGCUAAGCAAAACAUCUGUAAAGUGUUCUUUGAAGAACCACAUUCACUUCUUAGGAACUGCUUCAAAGUUGUGGAGCCCGAGCCAUUCUACACCAUGUGUACACAGGACACCUGUGACUCCCCGGCCUUGGGGGCUGCCUGCAGCUUAGCAGCAGCUUUUGUUCAUUUGUGCAACCGGAAUUUUGUCCCUGUUGAAAUCCCUCCACAGUGCUCAAGCCAGUUCUGAAUGGCAGAUGACAGCCCUGAAGAUGGAAGAACCCUUUCAGCACCCAAAACAAAACAGUUAUUUUAGGCAGACAAGCUAGAGGCAAGAACUGGGUGAGAACAGUAGAAGCGUGAAUGCAUUAGUGUUAACUGUGAAUAUAGUGAAGUAUAUAUAGUAUAAAAGGAAAGCUUUCGACCCAGAACCUCUGAGGGCAAGAGGAAUUAUUUCAGUAUAUUGACAAGAAACUAUAAUCAACCAAAAGAAAUAAGAGAGGAAAGUAUCAGUUACUCUAAAAAAACUCUCCCAUUCGGUUCCAAAAUUGCCUCUCCACAAGCCUUGAACCAUAGCACAAAUACACUGAAAAGCUGAGAAAAGCUCUCUUCCAGCUCAGAAUGGUACAAGUGGACUACUUUGUGAAAGCAGCAUCAUAAGCUCAGUCAGCAGAGAUGCUGACUUCUUUUUUCUCCAGAAAUGAAACUGCACCAUUCAGUGGUUCUGGAGAAAGCUAUCUAUCUUUUCCAGGGAAGUGCUCCAACACACAAGAAGGCCAAGACAGAAAUCAGAUGGGUAAAUAAUGGAAAGCAGUUAAUAAUUUUCUCAUUUUUAUGCUGGUUGACUUUUCCCUUAUUAAUGUACACACUGUUAAAUGAGAAACAGCCUUCUUGGUUUCUGUGCACCAGUUUCACAUUUUCCCUUUGUGUCUUUAGAAACCCCUUGGCAGCAGUCAGUUGAUGUGUUGGGAAAAGGUGACCAAUAUCUACCCUACCCAUGAAGUAACAUUAGGGUGUUAUAGCUACUGCUGUGUGAGUGUCUCACCUGUUGAAUCCCUUUCUGUAUUAUAGGUCACUUGAUUAAAAAAUUGCAUCACCUUUCUCCACACAGUGCCUGGAAUGCAGCUAUUCCUUGGUAAAAGGUAAUGCUGCAUAUACAAUGUUUGUGUAAUAUGCAAACAUUGAAAUAAUGGUGUUUUGUACUAUCACAUCAUGCUAAUAAACAUGUGACUGCCUUAUUUUUACACUGGAGUACAUUUUUAUUGAUUAUUCGUAGCAACAAAGUUGCACUGACCUCUAUAGAGAGUUGGCACUGGCUGGGUUUGACUGGCUCAGGAAAAGCAAGCAGCUGCCUCUUAUCUCAUGUGUGCUGCUUGCAGCUGCACUUGAUUUCUGAACACUUAUUCUCUAGCUUGAUACAAAUUAAAACAUGAUUCCUACAUUAGUCAGGAAAGAAUCCUGCAAUUUUUAGGAUUCCCACACACAUCAGAUGCUAGAAAUCAAGUCUUCCUCUGUAAUAAUUUUAUACCUGCACUCUUGUAAAAAGGCAAAAUGGUAUGAAAUAUUUCUGGAAGUUACAGAAUAUUUAUACCAGUUACUGACUAAAA